AUGGAUCGCGACAACGAUCCACAUGCGACGGCCUCCGAUAUCAUCACGUAUAUCGGUGUGCCCCUCGCCGUGCUCGGCGUGCUCCCCAUCCUCUACAACACCAUCGUCACGCUCGCCGCCCUUUCCAAGAUCAAGCGCAUGCUGAGGCACAGUCAGCUCAAGGCCCUCACGCGCAGCGACGUGGUGAACCGGGUCAUCGAGGUCGAGCUGCCCCGCUACGCCGUCACGCCCCUCGACCGCCUGGAGCAGCGCGACGAGUACUGGUCGCUCAGCAGGCACCCGAGCAGCAUCCCCGGCGGCUCCUGGACGACGUUCAACUGGCGGACCAACGCCAUCGGCAACAAGACGCAGCGCGUCGAGUACGCGGACCAGCUGCGCCAGCCCCAGGUCGAGGUGGAGUUUCAGGAGCUGAUCUCGUAUCUGCUCGACUUGGGCGCCGUGCCCGAGCCCUACGGCUGGAGGCUGCUCAAGACGACGGGGCUGUGGACGCCGGUCGGGUGCGCGCUCAUGAUGUCCCCGGAUGGAAGCCACAAGGCGCUCACGGUGGCCCCGCUGGACGAUUCGGAUGGAAAUCUUUCUCUGGCCGUCAAUUGGUCUAGCCAUUGGAUCACGCGAAGCCACUCGUCCCUCCCUCCUUACUGGGUUAGUAUCCCGGCGCCUCAGGCGGCCGCCUCAGAAAAGGCGGAAAAGCCGUCCUCGUCCGGCUCCAUGCCCGAGCCGGACCCGCCGGCGUCGUCCGCCAAGUCGGUCGACAGCGACAGCAAAUCCGUCCACAAGUCGCUUAGCGACUCCGUACAAGAAGAAGCCAACCAAAAUGCCUAUCGAUCUCUCUCCUGCCACGUCUCUAUUCACGGCCUCGUCACCGCCCUACCCACAGACGAGUCGGGCCAAACGGUACCGGACAAUCUCUACAUUGACCACCUCCGCAUCUCCAAAAUCUCCACCAACGGGAUCUGGUUCGCCAGCGCCGUCACCGCCUUUGGCACCUCGGGUCAAACCAUUCUCUGGAACUACAAGAUCCCGGACAAUAUCCUCGCGUUUUCGCGCAAAGACAGCGUUCCGUGCGGCGUGCUCGAGAUGCUCGAGAUUGUCACCGACAACGAGACCCCGGAGUGGGCGACAAAGUAUGAUGACAUGUCACAGCGCCUCGAUAUGCAAAUGAGAAAGGCGGCGGAGCGCACGCGGGAACUCGCCAAGGAACACGCCAUGUCUCCGGCCGACAGGGCCAAAGCUAUGAGCGAGAGAGUGAGAAGGGAGGGUAUGGAGCAGCUGAACGAUAUGCGCGACCGCUUGCGGCAGGACAAGGAGCGCCAGGAGAAACGAAUCGGCGAGGCCUUCCAGUCACCCAAGUGGCACGCGACACGCGUGGCCGAACACACUCUCCGCUGGCUCAAGAACAAAUCCCACGUUAGCGAAUUCCUCAGCGUCAAGGAAGCCGCGGGGACGGUUCUGCAUCGCAUGAUCCUCGACGGGCAGUUUGCCAACGCCGUCUGCCGGUUGCUCGACAGCUGGAACGCGUGGACGGAGAACGCCGGCAUGCGUAAAUCCGACCUCGAAAUGCUCAAGGAAGAGCAGGUUGUGUUCUCAUGCGCGAGUUUGCUGGUCUCUGUGAUCAGGGAUACGGGGAAGACGGAUAUGCAGGUUUCGGUAGCGCUGGACUUGCAAGAGUGCCUCAUGCUGUGGAAAAAGGUCCGGUUAGGUUGA